AUGCCGCCCCGUCGUGAUCCCACCGGUUCCGAUGAGUUUCCACCCAAUAUCACCGAUCAACUCACCCAACUUAUACAAGUCACAACCACAGCCGCUAAUACCCAAUCCGAUAUUAAAACGCAAAUCGCAGCCCUCGUUCAAGCCACCUCCAACCUUAAUUCCAAAUUAGAUGCACAGAACUCCAAACUCGAUACCCAAACCGAAACUACCGCCCGACUUGUUAACCAUGUCACUCAACUCACUGAUAAAAUCACUAACGAACCAGAAAACUCCGGCCCUAAACCCGCACAAAAACAAACCACACCAAACAAUCCGAGACCGCCAAAAAUCUCGCUACCCUUGUUCGAUGGUUCCAACCCACUCGCUUGGAUUUUUCAAGCCGAUAACUAUUUCAAUUACUAUCAAAUUCCUCCAGCCGAACGAAUUACGCUAACCGCCUUCCAUUGUAUUGGUGACGCUCUUUCUUGGUACCAACACCAGUCCAACAACAAUCUCCUUGGGUCUUGGACCGAGUUUAAGCGCUCUGUCGAACUCCGAUUUGGACCAUCAACGUUCGAAAAUCACGAAGCUACACUUUUUAAGCUUCGCCAGCUCUCUUCGGUGGCUGACUACCAGACCGAGUUCGAGCGGCUCAGUAAUCGGAUUACCGGUUUGUCAGCGCAAACCCUACUUAAUUGUUUUCUUUCUGGGCUGAAACCGGAAAUACAAUCUGAACUCGCUAUUAUCCAGCCCACGUCUCUUUAUGAUGCUUGUGGGCUAGCCCGCCGGGUUGAAGAUAAGUUGGCCCAAUCGGCUAAACCCAAACCUUUCUACCCCACUCGCUCUUAUACUCCUUCAAUCACUCCAGUUCCUGUAACAUCACAAGCUGUAACAUCACAAGCGACUUCUCAGCAACAGAACCCUUCUACUCCGCCAAAACCUGCGACCACCUCCACCCCUCCCCUGCUACCUUUACCCCCGAAACCCUUGCCGUUUACGAAAUUAUCUCCCGAAGCUAUCCAACAGCGGCGCAAAGACGGCUUAUGUUUUCGUUGCCCUGAAAAAUUUUAUCCAGGUCAUAAGUGUUCGCCACCACAGUUCCUUCUUAUUGUAGACAACGACGAACAUAUGAAUACGCCGGAUAACUCGGAGGAACCGUGUACCGAUGAUCCGCCCGGUCCACAAUAUUUAGCACUCUCUGAUGCGGCAUACUUUGGGUUAUCAUCCAUUCAAACCCUACGUGUCACCGGGUUCAUCAAUGGACGACCGGUCACUGUGUUGGUCGAUUGUGGUAGCACCCACAACAUCAUCCAACCCCGAAUCGCAUCUUUGUUCGCUUUACCAUCAAAGCCACUCGAGCCGUUCAACGUUAUGGUCGGAAAUGGGCAGUUUAUCAGUUGCAGACAUUACUGCCCUGAGGUAAAUUUGCACUUACAAAAAACUGCGUUUUCUAUUCCAUUUUUUGUAUUACCUAUUGAAGGUGCAGACUUGGUGCUCGGUAUUGCUUGGUUAAGCACUUUGGGUUCUAUUGUAGCGGAUUUUUCAAUACCACAGAUAUCCUUUCACAAAGAUGGUCGACAAUGUACUCUUAAAGGUGAACCACUUUCCAAACAUCUUUCAUCCAGUUCACUUUCUGCUCUUAUUAAACAUGGUUCAGUUGCCUCCUUACACACUCUGGUUAUUGAUACCCAGCCUCCACAACCACAAAAAAAAACCAUACUUCCUCACUCCCCUGAUACCCAUAUCAUUUCGUUGCUGGAACUUUUUAGAAACCUUUUCCAAGAACCACAUCAACUACCUCCUAACCGUCCACAUGACCAUCAUAUUCCGCUACUCAACAAGACCAGCCGAUCAAUGUCAAACCAUACCGUUACCCACAUUUUCAAAAACAAAUAA